CCGAAGCAACCCCCUUUCCCCGUGCAACGAACGCAAACGCGAAGCAACGAAAUCGAAUCAAACCUCGCAUUCGCAGGGGGAAAAUAGCGCAGAAAAAAAUCGCCGUCCACCUCGUCGGCGCCGGCUCCACCGACCUCGAAGCCUUGCCCUUAUCGACCACCGGGGAUGCAGCACGGAAGCGGCGACUACGCGGCCUCCGCGCCCGCCCACUACUACCCGCACCAGUACGCGCCGCCGGGCCCGAAUUCCCACCCCGCCGACGCCCCGACGGCGGGGGCGGGGAGCUACGCCUCCGCGCCGCCCUACUCCGUCGGCGGCGGCGGCUACACCGAACAAGCGCCCUCCGCGCCGGCCUACUCGCAGCCGCCGCCCCAGUACGGUGCCGGGUACCCGCCCUACAACAACCCCGCGCCCUACCUGCCGGAGCCGUACUACACCUACCCGCCGCCCACCCAGCCGGCGGCCCCGCCGGCUGCGGAGCCCAACCCCCCGCCGCUGCCCUACGACGCGCCGUACUACGGGGGUGGGUACCAGCCGCCGGCCGCAGGGCACGACAACGACGAUUACCUGAGCGAGGGCGCGUACGCGUACAGCGGCGGCGCGGAGCCGUACGGGUCGCGCGGCACGGCGCCGGCGCGAUCGGGAUCCGCGCUGUUUGAUGACUACGGGCGAUCGAUUAGUCUCCCGUCUGGAGGGGAGCAGCAGUCGUGGAACAGCGGCGGUGGUGGCAGUGGGGGUGGUAGCUUUGGGAAGAUCGCGAGGGCUGUUCCAAAGGCGGAGACACAUGAGGACGGGAGUGGUGGUGCACAGAAGUUUCGGGUUAAGCUGCUGCCAGAGGGCGCUGGGAACCCUACUGAUGUGCUUUGCCAGAUUGGUUUGGAUGGAAUUUGCAUGCUCGAUCCUAGCACAAGCAGAACCCUAAGGAUUUAUCCCCUCGAUUCACUGACGAGUUGGGAGGUUUUGGAUUCAACUAUAUUUGCAUUCUGGGCGAAGACCUCAGUGGAUAUUGAAGCAAAGCGAAUUAGGCUGAAGUCAAACAGUUAUACUUCCAAUAAUAUGCUUGACACCGUGACAGCAGCAGCAGUGCAGUUUAAGGAGAUUGGUGGAGAUGCAAGAGGUAAAGGAACAGUAGACGCUGGCAAACCUUCAGUACAAUCAAAUGAGAAGAAAGGUUUUGAUUGGAUGUUUACAAAACCUGUUGAUGAAGUGAAAGACCAUUGGGUUCCAGAUGAGGUUGCCAGGAAGUGCCACUCAUGUGGUGUUGACUUUAGUCAUUUCAAUCGCAGGCAUCAUUGUAGGAACUGUGGUGAAAUCUUCUGUGACAAAUGCAGCCAAGGAAGAAUUGCUCUGACAGCUGAGGAUAAUGCUCCACUUGUCCGAGUUUGUGAUAGAUGCAUGGCAGAGGUAACUGAAAGACUUAGCAUUGCAAAGGAAGCUGCCAACAGAUCUGCCAACAUUCCAAGCCAUGAAGAUCUUACAAGAAAACUUAAGGAGGAAAUGGAGAGAAAUCGUAAGUCUUCAGGUCCGGCAUCUGGAGGUGGAUCUGGUACCAGAAUGAGGGAAGUCGCAUGUCCUACCUGCACUGUCCAUCUUCAGGUUCAGGUUCCAACAUCAGGGUCAGAAACAGUGGAAUGUGGAGUGUGCCAGCAUGCUUUCCUUGUCAGCGCCAAUUGACACACUUGGAGACACAGCAUGUUACAGAAAUUAUUCUGUUGAUAACUCAUUUCUUUUGAUAUUCUAUACAUAAAAAGCGUGUGUUCAGCCUGUACAUGUUGCCUUGGUUGUGUUCGUGGUCACGAUAGGAUAUUUAUUUAUUUAUUUUUCUUGUACAUGAGUGAAUUAUAGACUCGGGAGUAUUGCUGCUGAAAACGCUGGGUUUAUGGAAAAUAUCAGGAGUAUACUCGUCGGUUAAGACUGUUA